ACUAGUAGAACUAGCAGAGGAGGUGGCAGCAUAUAGCGAAGGCCCCUCGACCAGCCUCUUGAUUCUCCCGAUCGCCCUUCACUUCCAUUUUCUCCAUCCAGAGCACGUCAUCACAGUCACUAUCACCUUCAUCAUCAACUCUCUCUAUAUAUAUAUUAUUAUUAUUAAUAAGAAGAAAAUGCAUUUUUAUGUGAAGCCUCGUUGAAAAAAAUUAAGCUACCGAUUCAAGAUCCAACUGGUCGAAUUUGGUUUCAAUUUGUUUACCUUGGGUUCCAGGCAGACAGAGGGGAAAUAGAGAACGCAUAUUUUGUAGAAGAUAGCUAUGGCGCUUUCUGCUUCUGAUUUGCCAGCUAUGUACUCGCUGCUUUCCAAUUCAAUGAGCGGCGACGAGAGCAUUCGUAAACCAGCCGAGACGGCGCUCUCUAUGUCUGAAAGUCGACCCGGUUUCUGCUCUUGCCUCAUGGAAGUGAUUACUUCAAAGGAUUUGGUGUCUCAUGUGGAUGUUCGAUUGUUGGCAUCGGUGUAUUUCAAGAACAGUAUUAAUCGCCAUUGGAGGCACAGGCGCGAUUCAUCGGGAAUAAGCAGCGAGGAGAAAAUGCAUCUGAGACGAAAAUUAUUAUCUCAUCUAAGAGAAGAAAAUUUUCAGAUAGCUGAGAUGUUGGCUGUGCUCAUUUCCAAAAUUGCUCGCAUUGAUUAUCCUAGAGAAUGGCCUGAGGUCUUUUCUGUUUUAGCACAACAACUCCAAUCAGCAGAUGUUCUUACUUCCCAUAGGAUCUUUAUGAUUCUCUUUCGAACCUUGAAGGAAUUGUCCACCAAACGUCUAACUGUAGAUCAGAGGAACUAUGCAGAGAUCACAUCCCAUUUCUUUGAUUAUAGCUGGCACCUUUGGCAGACUGAUGUGCAAACCAUAUUACAUGGUUUCUCAACAAUUGCUCAGAGCUAUAAUUCAAAUCCUCUGGAACAGCAUCAUGAUGAGCUCUAUCUGACAUGUGAGAGGUGGUUUUGGUGUCUGAAGAUAAUACGUCAACUGGUAAUUUCAGGGUUUCCAAGUGAUGCAAAAUGCGUACAGGAGGUCCGACAAGUCAAGGAUGUUUGUCCUGUUCUCUUGAACUCAAUCCAAUCAUUUCUUCCAUAUUAUUCAUCUUUUCAGAAGGGACAUCCUAAAUUUUGGGAAUUUGUGAAAAGGGCAUGUAGAAAAUUGAUGAAGGUUCUGGUUGCAAUUCAGGGCAGACAUCCUUAUUCAUUUGGUGAUAAAUGUGUCCUUCCAACUGUUGUGGAUUUCUGUUUAAAUAAGAUAACAGAUCCAGAGCCAGACUUAUUGUCAUUUGAAGAAUUCUUAAUUCAGUGUAUGGUGAUGGUGAAAUGCAUUCUUGAAUGUAAAGAAUACAAGCCCAGUCUUACUGGUCGAGUGAUGGACGAAAGUGGAAUUACGCUGGAGCAGAUGAAAAAAAACGUUUCCAGUGUUGUUGGUGGGGUUCUGGCUUCACUUCUACCUAAUGAGCGAAUAGUACUCUUGUGCAAUGUUUUGAUAAGAAGGUACUUUGUUCUAACUGUAAGUGAUUUGGAGCAGUGGUACCAAAGCCCUGAAUCUUUUCAUCAUGAGCAGGACAUGGUUCAGUGGACAGAAAAACUAAGGCCUUGCGCUGAAGCUUUGUAUAUUGUAUUGUUUGAAAAUCGCAGCCAACUGCUAGGUCCUGUUGUAGUUUCUAUCCUUCAAGAGUCAAUGAGUAAUUGCCCAACUUCAGUUACUGAAAUCACUCCUGGAUUGCUUCUCAAAGAUGCUGCUUAUGGUGCUGCUGCAUAUGUUUAUUAUGAGCUCUCAAGCUACUUGAACUUCAAGGAUUGGUUUAAUGGUUAUUUGUCCCUAGAACUCUCAAAUAACCAUCCAAAUAUGCGCAUUAUCCAUCGGAAAGUAGCACUUAUAUUGGGACAGUGGGUUUCUGAGAUUAAAGAUGACACAAAAAGAGCAGUAUAUUGUGCCUUGAUCAGAUUGCUGCAGGAUAAGGACCUUUCUGUCAAGUUGGCAGCUUGUCGGUCUUUGUGUUUACAUAUUGAAGAUGCAAACUUCUCUGAACGAGACUUUUCUGAUCUUCUUCCCAUCUGUUGGGAUUCAUGCUUUAAGUUAAUUGAGGAGGUUCAGGAGUUUGAUUCAAAGGUUCAAGUUCUGAAUUUGAUCUCUGUUCUUAUUGGGCAUGUCAGUGAAAUCAUUCCAUAUGCUGACAAGUUGGUGCAAUUCUUCCAGAAGGUGUGGGAGGAAUCUUCUGGUGAAAGCCUUCUACAGAUUCAGCUUCUUAUUGCUUUGCGGAAUUUUGUGAUUGCACUCGGCUAUCAGUCACCUUGUUGCUACCCCAUGCUAUUACCUGUUCUACAAAAGGGAAUUGAUGUUAAUAGUCCAGACGAAAUUAAUCUUCUAGAAGACGGCAUGCUGUUAUGGGAAGCUACCCUUUCUCAUGCUCCUACAAUGGUGCCUCAACUAUUGGCAUGCUUUUCUUGCCUUGUGGAAAUAAUUGAAAGAAGUUUUGACCACUUGCAGGUUGCUGUCAGUAUCAUUGAGAGCUAUGUUAUUUUGGGUGGAAGAGAAUUUCUUAGUAUGCAUGCUUCUAGCAUUGCUAAACUUCUUGACCUGAUCGUCGGAAAUGUCAAUGACAGAGGACUUCUUUCAACUCUUCCAGUCAUCGAUAUUCUUAUACAGGUACUUGAAUUGCUCUCUCACAAGCAACCAGUAAGAGAACUGCACAAUGGAGGAGAUGAUCAUGAUCCUUCUAAGGCCUCUGUCAAAGCAUCAUCAGUGGCUAUCCUAGCAAGAAUUUUAGUGAUGAAUACCAAUCACCUUGCCCAAUUAACAUCUGAACCAUCUCUUUCGCUACUACUACACCAGGCAGGCAUGCCAAUUGAAGAAAACAUACUUCUUUGCCUGGUUGACAUAUGGCUUGACAAGGUAGAUAAUAUGACAUCCAUCCAGAAAAAGACAGUUGCCCUAGCUCUUUCUAUUAUCCUGACACUAAGACUACCUCAAGUUCUUGACAAACUUGAUCAGAUCUUAUGUGCAUGUACAAGUGUCAUUUUGGGUGGAAAUGAUGACCCAACAGAGGAAGAAUCAAGCGGUGACGUCAUGAGCUCCAGUAGGUUCCAUGGCGAUGGACCUAUUCCAAGAGAAGAGUUCAGGAGAAGACAGAUAAAGUUUUCCGACCCUAUCAACCAAUUGUCACUGGAAAAUUCAGUACGAGACAAUCUUCAAACUUGUGCAGCACUUCAUGGGGAUUCCUUCAAUAAUACCAUCAGCAGAAUACAUCCUUCAGCGCUGGCACAAGUGAAGCAAGCAUUGAAGUUGCCUUGAUCCAGCAUGACACUCUCAUCCUCUACUCAGUCGAUUAUCUCCUACUGUGCGAACAACCUUCUGUUUUAUUACUUGAAGGUACAUGGUGACGGAGUUUCAGCUUUUGUGGCUUGGUUUGGUGUUUCUUCAUUGUUUGCACUCCCUUCCGUAGCUGUUGAUGCCAAUUGGCGUGUCUAUUAUUGUCCUUUACUUUGAAUUUUCAUUUGUAUAUUCCCCUUUUUGAAACAGGGAACUCUGUACAUAGCUUGGGGGUCCUUCAUGUCUUGAGCAUUUUAAGUGCGGGAAUUACAGCAAUGAGUUUAUAGGAUUUGUGAGUACUGGAACGAACUGAAAAUAUAGAGAAAGGGGAUGAUAUGAAAUGAAUAGAGUGGCUUUUAAUACCUGAAAUUUGUUUCAUCUUUGCAUUU